AUGGCGCCACUCUCGGGAAAGAUUAUCGCCAUCACAGGAGCUGCAUCCGGAAUGGGGCUUGCAAUCGCCAAGAAGCUCAUGAAGCAAGGUGCACUUCUUUCGAUUGCCGAUGUCCAUGAGGCAAACCUUCAAGCUGCCAAAUUGCAGCUUAAAGAACUUGGAGAGCAAAUUCUCUUAACAACUGUCCUGGAUGUUAGAAAGAGUUCAGAGGUCGACGCGUGGAUCGCCUCUACGAUCUCGGAGCUUGGUGGCCUCCAUGGGGCAGUCAACUUUGCAGGUGUGACAAAUGCAAAGAUUGGAACCGAAGGAAUUCAUGAACUAGACGACAGUACAUAUGAUUUUCUCAUGGAUGUCAAUUUGCGUGGAAUUGUCAACUGCAUGCGGGCCCAAUUACGGUAUAUGGUAUCUGGAGCGGCAAUAGUGAACGCUUGCAGUGCUUCGGGCCUCAUGGGGUUUGCAGGGGGAGCUGUUUACACUGCUAGCAAGCAUGGUGUCGCUGGUGUAACCAAGGCAGUGGCAAAGGAAGCGGGCAAAAAGAAUAUCAGGGUCAAUGCUGUGGCUCCCGGCUUCAUAGAUACACCUAUGACGGCCAAAACCAUCGGGAAUUUGAACCUUGCCCCUGGUGACUUGGGACCUUGCGAAGCAACCGCGCUUGGUCGAGCCGGACAGCCUGCCGAGGUCGCAAACCUCGUGGCAUUUUUGCUUAGUGAUGAGGCAUCGUAUAUAACUGGGACUGUUAUCCCAGUUGAUGGUGGGCUGGUUUGCUAG